UGCCCAUUUAUACUACAUUCACUCUGGGUGGAGCUACCCUUGCCAAUCACCCAUUGGUGAUCUUCAACAGUGCCACCUACCAGCACUUCUGCUUUUUUUGAGAGAGAGAUGCUGCGAUCCAGAGAGACAGCAGAAACCUCUGUGGGUUGUACGAGGCGUGGAGUGAGAAGGUGUGGAGCGGCGUUGGAGAGAGAGAGAGAGAGAUUUGGAGCCAGUUGGAGCCAGCAGUUCUCUAUUGCUGGAAAGUGUUUGUGGCGUCAUGGCACCAAAGAAGCCAGCAGAGUCCGGGAAGCGCAAGGGGGAGCUGAUUCUCUUGGAGGUCAAGCAGGACAUCAUCCGCAAGCAUGAGCAAGGCAUGCGAGUGGUGGACCUUGCAAGAGAGUACGGCAGGAGUGCUUCGACCAUUGUGACCAUCCUCAAGGACAAGGAGAGGAUUAUGGGUUGUGAGACAGCCAAGGGUGUCACGAUCCUUACUAAGAAGCGCCCUGCCAUCAUGGACGAGGUGGAGAAGUUGCUGCUGCUGUGGAUCCGCGAGAAGGAGCGUGCAGGGGACACUGUGACUUCGGCAGUCGUGUGUGCCAAGGCCAGGGCCUUGCAUGCUGAACUGAUCGCCCAGCAGCCAGGAACUUCGCAAGAAGAGUUCAAGGCAAGCCACGGGUGGUUUGAGAAAUUCAAGAUGAGGUCCGGUAUCUGCAGCGUCGUCCAGCACGGAGAGGCUGCAAGUUUGGAUCUGCCUGCAGCGGAAGAAUUCGCCACGGAGUUCUUGGAGACCGUGACUGCUGAGGGCUACCUUCCGGAGCAGGUCUUCAAUUGUGAUGAGACUGGCCUCUUUUGGAAAAGGAUGCCAAGGAGGACCUUCAUCACACAGGCGGAGACCAAGAUGCCUGGCCACAAGCCGAUGAAGGACCGCCUCACCCUCCUCUUCUGUGCAAACGCCAGGGGUGAUCUGAAGGUAAAGCCUCUGCUGGUUUACCAUUUGGAGAACCCCCGUGCUUUCAAGAAGCACAAAGUCAACAAGGAGAGGCUGAGCGUCAUGUGGCGGUCCAACGCCAAGGCCUGGGUCACACGGGUCCUGUUUGUGGACUGGGUGCACCAGGUGUUUGGUCCAACAGUGAGGAGGUACCUCCAGGAGAAGAACCUGCCCCUGAAGGCCAUCCUCUUGAUGGAUAAUGCGCCUGCACAUCCUCCUGGGCUGGAAGAAGACUUGGCGGAGGAAUUCAAGUUCAUCCGAGUCAUCUUCCUGCCACCCAACACCACCCCCCUCAUCCAGCUGAUGGACCAACAACUGAUUGCCAACUUUAAGAAGUUGUACAUGAGGGAGCUGUUCCGGCGUUGCCUGGACAUGACGGAUGGCUCAGGCAUCAAUCUGGCUGACUACUGGAAGCACCAUUUCGAUAUCGUGAGCUGCCUGCAGAUCAUCAAAAUUUCGUGGGACAGUGUCAGCCAGAGGAACCUCAACAGUUGCUGGAAGAACUUGUGGGCAGCCUGCGUUGCCUCCACUGAAUCCAGCACACAGGAGCAGGCCGUGGUAGAGGAGAUCGUCUCCCUGGGGCAGACCAUGGGCCUGGAGGUUUCAACACAGGACGUGGAAGAAUUGGUCGAGGGACACAACCUUGAACUUUCCACCGAGGACCUGUUGAGCCUGCAGGAACAGGAGAAGCAAGGGGUGCAGCCAGACACACCUGAGGAGCAGGAGGAAGAGCCAAGGCAGUUGCCUUCGUCGUCUUAUAAGAGGGCCUGCAAACUGUGGGGAGAGCUGCAGACCUUUGUGAACGAUCUCAGUGAGGAUCAGGCUGCAGCCCAGGAAGCUGUGGAGUACUUUGAUAAUGUGGUCGUUGCCCCAUGGCGAGCAAUGCUCUGCAAGAGACAGAGGCAGCAGAACAUGGACCGGUUUGUGCUGAAGCAGGCAAGGCAGGAGGAAGAAAUGUUGGCUGAGGAUGAGGCAUGUUGAGUGUGCCUGCCUGCCUUUAAAGUGCCCUGAGGUGACCCGCAUCAGGUCCCAAAAAAUGAUAAAGUGCUGUUGUAAAUGUUUAUUGUUGAAAAGUAAUGUUGCUGUGCAGUUUGCAUGCCUUUAAAGUGCACUUGAUAAAGAGUUUUGCA